AAACCAAACUUGACUUUGACUAAUGAAACUCUAUAAAUAUCAUGCAACAUUUCAAACGUUACACAUACUUUAUUAGAAUUUAGAGACAAGCAAAAAAAUUCAUUAAUUACAUGGCAAACAAAGUUGUAUGUCCAAAGGUUUUUCAUGACCUCCGACGAUUCGCUCGAUGUCUAAACACGGCUCCGGUUGUCCCACCGAUGAAUUUCACCGGCAACUAUGGUUCUACUGUAACAACACCGACGUUACAACCUACGGACCAAAUAUUAGCCGAUCCUGAGAAAAAAGUGAUCAAUUUUGAUGAUGUGAAGGAGUUGUUUACGGGUGUAUCGACCUUGAAGUUGAUUAGAUCAUCGUUGACACUUCAAAUGGCGUCCAUCGAGUCGAUGGUUGACCUAGGUGUGUGGGUAAUGAAUUCGAAAUUCAUGCAUAUGCCAAUAUUCAAGGAGGUAAUACUAGGGUUUGUUAAAAGUACAUUCUAUGAACAUUUUUGUGCUGGAAAAGACUUGAUUGAAGUACGAAAGACGGUUAGUAAGUUGUCUAACGUUGGUUUAAAAGGCAUGCUUGAUUAUGGUGUGGAACAUGCCACGGAGAAUGAGUCUUGUGAUCAGAGUAUGAAAGUUUUUCUUCAAACAGCCGAAUUGGCCAAGUCUCUUCCAUCCUCAUCUGUCAGUUUUGUGGUAGUAAAGAUAACUGCAAUUUGUACACCAAAGCUGCUCAAAAGAAUGAGUGAUUUGCUUAGAUGGGAACAAAAAGAUCCUUCAUUGAAUCUCCCAUGGAAGCAAAAGACGCUUCCACUUUUCGCCAAAUCGAGUCCUUUUUAUCACACGUUGAAAAGACCAGAACCUCUAACGGUCGAUGAAGAGCGUGAUCUACAAUUAGCUCAUGAUAGACUUGAGAAAAUUUGCAAGAAAUGCUUGGAACUUGAUGUUGAGUUACUAAUUGAUGCUGAAGAUACAGCUAUUCAACCCGCAAUUGAUUACUUUGCAUAUUCAGCAGCAAUUAAGUAUCACAAAGACGAUCAUCCUUUGAUAUUCGGAACAAUUCAAGCUUACUUAAAAGACUCCAAGGAACGUAUGAUCAUCGCAAAAAAGGCAGCAGAGAAAAUUGGAGUUCCUAUGGGAUUUAAGCUUGUAAGAGGUGCUUAUAUGUCAAGUGAAAAUGAAUUGGCUUCAAGUUUAGGAUUCAAAUCUCCGAUUCACGAUAGCAUUCAACAAACACAUAAUUGUUACAAUUCUUGUGCUGAAUUUAUGCUUGAUGAAAUCGCUAAUGGUUCAGGAGCUGUUGUUCUUGCAACUCAUAACAUUGAGUCAGGAAAACUUGCUGCAUCCAAGGCGAUAGAUUUAGGGAUUAGAAAGGAUGGUAAAAAGCUCCAAUUUGCUCAGCUAUAUGGUAUGGCAGAAGGGCUUUCAUUUGGGCUGAGAAAUGCAGGAUUUCAAGUGAGCAAAUAUUUACCAUUUGGACCUGUAGAACAAGUUAUGCCUUACCUUAUUAGAAGAGCUGAAGAAAACAGAGGUCUUUUGUCUACAUCUGCCUUCGAUAGACAACUCAUGAGGAAGGAAUUAAUCAGGAGAUUUGAUGUGGCAACUUCAUGAAUCUUGAGAACUAUUGGAAGUGUAUAUAAGAUAUAACUAGUAUUGCUACGAAUAAAUCGAACUUGUAACAGAG